AUGGCUCACCAGUGUCAAGGCCUCACCAGCACUAAUGACAUCCUCAUGAUCGAGAAGGGCUGCGAGUUGCCACAGAUAGCUAUCGAAAAUAACAACAAAGCCAGUGAUACGAUACUGGUGACAUGGAACGGCGAAGACGACCCAAGUAACCCUUUGAACUUUUCCCUGUAUCGAAAAUGGACCAUCACCGUCCUGAUAUCCUUCGGCGGCCUAGUUUGUCUCAUGAGCUCCACGAUGCUUGCCCCGGCCCUGGUUGACAUUGCCCACGAUCUAGACAUUCCACAGGCCAGUGCUAACAUGACGCUAUCAAUCUUCGUGCUCGCCUUCGCCUUCGGACCGAUGAUACUGGCUCCCAUGGCAGAAGUCUUCGGUCGCCGCAAUGUCUGGCUGGCAAGCUCACUUUGGUACGCGGCCUUCAAGAUGCUCGGCGGCUUCUCCCACAACAACGGCUUGUUGCUAGCUAGCCGACUGCUUGCAGGCUUGGGCUCAAGUGUGGAGUUUGCGACGUCUCAGCCUGUGCUCGGUGACUGCUGGCGUGCGGAUCAGCGAGGGCAAUCGUUCGCUAUCGCAACGUUUAUCCCUUUACUUGGACCUGCUAUUGGCCCGAUCGUAGGCGGCUUGAUCACGAAAUCGGUCGGCUGGCGCUGGAUCUUCUGGGUUCUAUCCAUCUUCGAUGCGCUAUUGAUCAUCUUUGCUUACUUCCUGUUUCCGGAGACCUAUGGCCAAGUUCUGCUCGCUCGUAAGGCUGCUCAACUUACCCAGCAGACCGGAAACCGUCACAUCACUGAGUACACUACCCAUAGUCAACCGCUCAGGCUCAAACUACAGAACGGCUUCCUUCGUCCCGGCCGUCUCCUUCUAACACAACCUGUUGUCCAGCUCGUGGGCCUUUUCAUGGCUUUCAAUUACGGCACCUUGUUCUUUGUUCUUUCCUCCUACGCCACGCUCUGGACAGCCAAUUAUGAUGAGUCUGUUGCAACCAGCGGUUUGCAUUACACUGCGUUCGUCGUUGGCUACACCCUUGCCGCCCAGGGGGGUGCGCGUCUUACAGACAGGCUAUGGCAGCACUUCAAGGCUAGAUCAGACGGACAAAUAACACCUGAGUACCGUGUCCCUCCAAUGCUCCCGGGGACCCUUCUUAUUCCUGUCGGCCUACUAUGGUACUGCUGGGCCGCCCAAGUACAUGCGCACUGGCCCAUUGUUGACGCUGGAGCCGCGGUCUUCGGAUGCGGGAUCAUUCUCAGCACACAGGCGAUGCAACAGUAUAUCAUGGAGUCCUACAAGGAGUACGUCGCAUCUGCUGCAGCCGCAAGCCAAUUCUUGCGUAGCAUUUUCGGGUUCUGCUUCCCGUUGUUUGCGCCGGCGCUGUACACACGUUUAGGCUACGGCUUGGGAAACACGACAAUCGCCACAGUCUUUAUGGUGUUGGGUAUACCGGCGCCAUUUGUAUUGUGGUUUUAUGGUGCGCAGCUGAGAGCGAAAGGAAGAGCGGUGAUAUGA